CAGCUGCUGGGUCAUAGUCUUGCGUUUGUGUGCAGUGGCUGCUGGGAGCUUGGCAGCACAGAUAUCGUCUCGAAAUGGAAAAUGGAGACAGUGCGGGCAGUGGAUCAUUGUUUCAGCGUUAUAAUUUGAUUUGAUUCAGUCUGGGAUGUACCGAAACCAAGGCUGCAAAUAACGGCGGCCUGAUGAAAUAAACUCGACCCUCGGGAGUUUUUACAGGCCCAACAUCUUUUCCUGUGGAAGAGAGGACGUUUGGACUGAGAUCCCUCAGCGGCCAUGACGGAGGCCAAAGUUUCUAGCAGCUGUAGCAGUGCUGGAGGCCUGAUGUGGUUGCGGAUGUGUAAGGAGUGUGGCCAGCAGCACGACGGCCAGGACAACCAUCUGUAUGAGUACCAGGAUGAGGUGGAUGAUGAGCUGGUGUGCCACAUCUGUCUGCAACCUUUGCUCAGGCCUAUGGACACUCCUUGCGGCCAUACCUACUGCUUUCAUUGUCUGAGUAGCUUCCUGAAGGAGCAGGACUUUUGCCCGGUGGACCGCCAGCGACUGCAGCUGCACCAAUGCCGGCCCUCCAGCCUGCUGGUCAGGAACCUACUGGACAAGCUGACUGUCCUCUGCCCUCACCAUGCAGAGUGUCAGCAACAGAUGCAGCGCUGUGAACUUCAACCCCACCUGCACAACAGAUGUUCUGUUUUCAGAAGGCUGAAGGAGGAGGCAGAGAGGAGGAAGAGGCCAUCCUGGAAUGAGUGUAAGGGACGUAAGUGCGAGGGGGAAUCUUCAGCUGAGACUAAGCACACACCAACGAUGUCCAGGGUUCCUGUCAGAGACCCAGGCGAGCCUGGAUUAAUUAAUCCUGCCUACGAGGAGAGUGAAGAUGACACCACCCCACUGCGGUCCAGUCUGGUGGCAGAAGCCAAUGUGGUGGAGCUGUUCCGAGAAGAGCCAGAGGAAGAGCUCGGCCUACGCAUUGUGGGGGGGAAAGACACACCGCUGGGGAACAUAGUCAUCCAGGAGAUUGUCCGUGACUCACUGGCAGCUCGUGAUGGGAAGUUGGCCCCAGGGGACCAUAUCUUGGAGGUGAAUGAUGUCAACCUGGCCUCUGUCCCUCAUGGCCGGGCCAUCAGUGUGCUACAACGGCCAUGUUCCUUGCUCAGGCUCACUGUUAUGCAGGAGAAGGGAUUCAAGCCUAGGGAACCACGAACCGAGCAUCACUCCCCCCCUUCUACUACCACCUCCCAGCCCUCCCACGGCCCACAUGGCAAAGCUACCUCGAACCACAACCCUGGCACAGUCAUCCAGGUGACACUAGUGAAGAGGGAGCGCACGGAACCGCUGGGCAUCAAACUCAUCCGCAAAUCAGAUGAAAGCGGGGUCUUCAUCCUGGACCUGCUGUCUGGGGGCCUGGCGGCAAAGGAUGGCAAACUGAGGAACAAUGACAAGGUGUUGGCCAUCAAUGGACAUGAUCUUAGACACGGUACCCCUGAGAGUGCUGCCCAGAUCAUACAGGCCAGUGAAGUACGGGUGAACUUUGUGGUGAUGAGGUCUGCGGAGGCCCAGGAGGAGGGCAGCAGUAGUGGAGAAGUACAACGGGGAGAUGGACAACAUGGUCGAAUUGCCAGGAGGGCUCCGGAGCCGCAGUACUUCAGACGCCGUUCCACUUACAUGAAGGACCCUCCAGGUGGUUUUUCCAGCCAGGAAAAGACUGUGAGCCUGAAGAAAGAGCCACGGCUUUCCCUGGGCAUCACGAUUGCAGGGGGAAGAGACUGCCGUAGCCGUUUGCCUGUCUACAUAACCAGUGUCCAGCCUGUAGGCUGCCUGCACCGAGAGGGUACAAUCAAAACAGGUUGUCCACAUCUCCCUGUGAUCUGUGUUGCUAUAGGUGAUGUACUGCUGAGCAUCAACGGCGUAGACCUGACCCAGUUGACUUACAAUGAGGCAGUGUCGGUGCUGAAGGCGCAGACGGCCCAGGCCCAGGUGGUGCUACGUGUCAUCCAAACCAUUUCCGAGGAAUCUGAGGAGGAUAGCGAUGCAGCUAACGACGAGGAAGCAGAGUCUAUGGAGAACCCAAGAGAGGAUGACCUCAACUGGACACCGCUGUGGACCCGCUGGCUGGGCCUGCCUAGUCAAAUGCAUUGGUGCCGUGACAUUGUCCUACUAAAGACCAACAAUGAGAGCUGGGGUUUCAGCAUCGUCGGGGGCUAUGAGGAGAGCCACGGCCAGCAGCCCUUUUUCAUCAAAACCAUUGUCCCUGGUACAGCAGCUCACUUUGAUGGGCGCCUCAAGUGUGGUGACGAGAUCGUGGCAGUGAACGGGGCCACCACGGUGGGCAUGAACAACUCUUCUCUCAUCCCCAUGCUUAAGCUUCAAAAGAAUAAAGUCACACUGACUGUGGUGUCAUGGCCAGGAAGCCUAGUUUAGCAGAACACUCUCAAACCCUUCCUAGGUGUAUGAGUACUCUCUCUCUCUCUCUCUCACACACACACACACACCCUGCUGCUGCACUCUCCUUUCACUGUCCCUCCCACACACAACUCACCUCAAGGAGACAUUCUUUUAAUGCGUUUGGAUCAUCAGAGUCAGUUUCCCUCCUAGUAAUCUGUGACUUGGAGUGUAAUGCAAUAUGCACUUAACCAUGGCCCUGCUGAGAGUGGGACAGACUUUCACAUCCACGAGCACAGUAGGUUCAUAUUUAUUUGUAGCAUCAGCUGGUGUGUUUAGAGGGGCGGCUGACUGCUUGACACCCUGAACAAAGUGGUUGAAUCAUGGUGCCAGAUGCGUGACAAUCAGUCAACUGUAUUCUAAGGGUAAACUAGAAGGAUCAUUACCUCUAUCUGGAAUAGCUUUUUUUAACAUUACCCUGUUAGCAAGAUCUAUGUAAUUCCUUGCUUAUUUGUAGUUUUAUUUGUUAGCAAUGAGUUGAUUCAAGUGAUUUGCAUUGAUUUACAGCAUCCAAAGAUGUAUAAAUUUUCAUACUCUUAAUGAAGAAAUAUGGAUGACCUUGGAAUGACUAUUGACUAUGUAGACAUAUGCCAAAGACUGAUAAAUCAUCCUGUCCAGUGCUUGUGUUUUACUUUUUGAAACGUGUUUAUUCAGCACUUUUCAAAGCUGCGUAUCAAAGUGCUUUCACUGGCAAAACUGUUAAAAGAGACAGCAGAGGUUAAAACUGGAAAUGUUGCUCACGACUCAAAGCAAUGUUGGAAAAGUUUAAAACCGGUAAAAACAAAAUGUGCAAAAGCCCGUCUAUGAAAAUGUGUUUUUGAGAUGAUAUUUUAGAGGCGACCUCAGGCAGGUUCUCUUAAAAGGCUUCGGGUCAUGAUAACAAGGGCCCAGCCGCCUCUGGUCUGUAGUGUCAGAUUUUAGACUGGCCAGAUGGGAUGCAGCCUGAGAUGUCAGGCUGUGUCCCAGCUCGCGGGUGGGGGUUAAAGGUCUGAGAUAUACCUAGAGGCCAGCCCUAUCCAAGCCUUAAACAUAAUGAGUGAGGUCCUAAAAAAAAAAAAAAACCCACUCCCACAACUAAAAGGAAACCAGUGUAGAGAAGCUAACUUGGGAGUAAUACCAUGAUCACAUACAUGUGAACUUCAUACAUGUUUUGUCUUCAAGGGUUGUGUUUGUAUUAAUGUGCAGACAGGAAAUGUCUUUUGAUUUUAUAAGUUUGUUAUUCACAUCUGUUUGUAACCACACUGUAUGUAUCCUCAGUUUCAGUACAAUGCUCCAUAAUGAAUGUGUUUGAUCAUGCGGGUGCCUUGUGAACAUUGAAGGACAAAUCAAAAUGUAUACCUGCCUUAAUUGCCACGAAAACCAAGUUAUCACCCUCCCAUCACCCAUUCAGCGCUUUUUUUUCUCAUGUAAAAUAAUCUUUUUAGAAAUGUCACCUAGUGUAUUGUUUUGUUAAAAUGGCUUUAAUAUUUUCAGGAAGUGUUAGAAUAUGUCCUCACAAUAGCAAAGUCCUUAUUUCUUAGACAUCAAUUGAAGCAUUCCAAAUAUUGUUUUAAUUUUAUUUUCUCGAGUAAAAUGUAGGUGUUAUAUCUUGUGUACUGGACCAUUUCUCUUUCGAUCAUGUUCAAUAAACUCAAGAAAAAUCACAA